GAAUAUGUAUCCAGCUCUUGCCUUCCUUUCACUUGCAUUACACACCUCAGGAAUAUCAAAUAUAUGCUCAUAGAGGUACACACCCAGGUAAAGGGAAAAACAACAACGACAACAACAACAGCAACAGCAUCUGACAUCACAACACCAGAAGUUACCAAAGAACGUAAAGGAUUAACGAACGAAACGAAACUCAUCAAAGAAAGCGUGAAUGGCUCCUUAUUUACGAAGAUUUGAAGAUGAUACGAAAUUAUCUACGCAAACGAAUUCUGGCGGGAUUAAAAUAUGGUACGAGGAGUUUUGGGAUGAGGAUUGAGAGGAGAGGAAGGGGAUUUAAAGGCGCGAACUGGCAACUCUUUCACUUUCUCCUUCUUACGGAUUUCUUUCCUGCCGUUCAGUCUGAGCCACAGGUGAGGUCCCGAGGGAGUGAGAUCAACGCUUACCUGAGAGAGUGACCCAAACACGCACUGAGCUCACCCUUCCUUCCCACACCCAUUCCAGCGUUCAGUGGCGACGUGAGGAGUGAAAUGAGGCGAUAAAGACGAGAAAAUGAGACUCUACGUUGAUAUAUAGAAGCGGAAACACCAAAGGACUGAGCAAUAUGCCAAGGCCGAGUGGUGGUGGUGGUGGUGGUGGUGGUGUGUGUGUGACGGUGGUGGGUGUUACGGUGCUUUUGGUGGUGUGGGGGGGCUAUGUGGCGGCGGAGGAUGAGGCAAAAUUUACCUGCCCGCCAACCAGUAAGUAUUUCUUCCCCUGUAACUGCACGGGGGGCGGCGAGAAGGGUUUGUUCAUCCGGUGCGAGAACACAAACUUGGCCUCUAUCGCUGUGGGUCUCGCUAACAUCAGGCUGCCCAUUGAGGAGCUGCGUCUGUACAAGUGUAACAUCAGGAGGCUGUACGGCGAUGUGUUCCGCUCCGUGCUGCUCACAAACCUGGUGCUGGAGGACACGCCCGUGGAGGAGGUGGAGGAGGGGGUGUUCACGCCCGUCGCGAACACCCUCACCGUCCUCCGUAUCUAUAGGGCGGCGCUUAAGAGUCUCCCCACCAAGGCCUUAGAGCCCCUCAAGAACCUGAAGCUCCUGGACGUGAAGGAUGCAAACCUGACCACCUUGCACUCCGCCGCCCUCGAAGGACUCAACGGGCUGGUCAUCCUGCACCUCACUAACUGUAGUCUCAAGAACAUCCACGGGGGGUCCUUCCAGGGGAUGCCCAACCUGAAGAAGAUCGACCUGAGCUUCAACCAACUCAAGCAGAUCCCCAACGGAGUGUUCAAAGGGAAGAGGAACGUGAAGGUGCUCGAUCUCUCCCACAACAGCUUCAACAAACUCGACCCCAAGUACUUUCAGGACCUCAAUCAGCUCACCUGGUGCAACAUGUCCCACAACGCUAUUAACAACUUCGGCCGGAACCCCUUCGCCCGCAACCAGGUGCUCGGCUGGCUGAGUCUCUCCCACAACCAACUCACCAAGAUCGACUCCCGCACCUUCAGAUCCAUGCGCUUUAUGCGACGGCUGUACCUGAGUGACAACCAGAUUACGACGGUGGGUCGAGGAGCAUUCGGCAACAUACGGCGGAUCGGAACCAUCGACUUGGCGCGGAACAAGCUCAAGAUCGUGGAUGGGCGGGUCUUCGUGAACUUCGAGUACUGCGAGGAGAUUAACUUGGCCGAGAACCAGAUCCACACCAUCAAGAGUAACGCCUUCGUGGACCUGUUCCUCGUGGCCAUCAACAUCAGCCACAACCAGAUCAGUACCUUCGAGGAGGACGCCUUUGUCAACACGCGGAACAUCACCAUCCUGGACCUCUCUCAUAACAACAUCAGCAAGAUCCCCAAAGAGGCCUUCCCCGGGACCCACAGUUACAUGACCGACCUUCGUUUGCAGUUCAAUAAUAUUUCCACGCUAGCCGAUAUUCCCUUCCAGUUCUCGGGGGUGAAAAUCGCCAAUUUCACGUACAACCGACUGGAGCAUAUCCCGAGAAAGACGUUCCCGAAACUUUACGAACUUCACACGCUCGACUUCAGCCACAACCGACUCAACAAGAUUGACCGGAGUGUGUUCGCCAACCUCUUCUCUAUCCGGAACAUGGACUUCAGCUACAACAACAUGACCGAACUCUCUGGCAGCAUCUUUGGCACCCUUCCGACGCUCCUUUGGCUGGACAUGUCGCACAAUAACAUCAACAAGAUCGCCCGUGCCAUGUUCGCCAACCUGGUGUCGCUGCGAGAGCUCUUCCUCAGUAACAACAAUAUCGACACCAUCCCUCUCAUCCCACAGUCCCUAAACUAUCUUCACCUGCAACACAACAACAUCUCCGAGAUCAAGUCGGGGCUCACCUGGCCACAGAUGAACGCCCUUCUCUACCUGGAUCUAGACAGCAACCACCUCGGAGACUCCCUCGAAGGCGGGUCGUUCCGUCACCUCAACUCGCUGCGUAUUUUGAAGCUCCGGAACAACUCCAUCACGGUCCCCCCCUGGCAGGCCUUCGCGGAGAUGCAGACCAUCCAGUACAUUUACCUCGACCAUAACAAGAUCAUGAACCUGACCCGCGGCGCCUUCGGUCGGCUCCCGGUGGUGUUCGAGCUGUCUCUCUCCCACAACGGCAUGACCAACAUCAGCAAGCAGUCGUUCGAGGGUCUCCUGCAGCUGCUGACGCUCAACCUCUCUCAUAAUGCCCUGAACCACAUCCCCAACGAGGCGUUCCGCGGGUGUGUGUCCAUGCAGAGUAUUGACCUCUCGCACAACUUCCUCAAAAAGAUCGACAACGACACGAAUGGCCUCCUCGACGACCUGCUGUCCAUCCGCCACAUCAACGUGUCCCACAACCAGUUCGGCACUGUGUCUAAGAAGAUGUUCCCGUACCACAAGUGGAUUCCUUACAACGUGCAGACGGUGGACAUGAGCUACAACACGAUGCCAGUCCUGCACAAGAACCUCCUCAUCGGCCUGCAGAAGGUGAGGAAGCUCAACAUCUCGCACAAUAUCGUUAACACCAUCAGGCCGAGCGUCAUAGGCAACCUCACGCAGCUGGAGGUGCUCGAUCUCUCCUACAACGACCUUGAGGCCUUGGGGAACAGCGUCUUCGGGAGAGGGAAAGCCCUGCGUGAGGUCUACCUUCAGAACAACCACCUCAUAUCUGUCCCGGCGCCUGUCCUCAUGUCAAACGAAAAUCUCACCUACUUGGACCUUCGAAACAACAACCUCCACGUGUACUAUGAGGUGUUUGUGCCGCGGGUGACCAACGGGACGGUCGUCAAGUACUCAAACAAUCCCGUCGAGUGUGACUGCAGCCUCAGGAGGAUCCGGGCGUGGCUGGACACCUGGCUGGGGUCUGAGGAGUGGCAGGAUAUAGUGUGCGCCCAGCCCCUGCACCUCGCCGGCCGCGCCCUGCCCUUCAUAUCCGAGGAGGAGCUGCGGUGUAGUGAUGAGCGACGGGCUGACGAUCUAUACCAGGUGAAUCCGGAUCUACGUUUCCGGCUCAUUGGGGACCGCCCGGACAGCCUCGAGAAGUUGGACGUGUCUUGGUAUGUCACAACACGGGAGGACAUCGGUGGGUUCAACGUGACAGUGUACAACAUGACCUCCGGGAAACAGGUCGCCUCCAGCCCCCUCUCCUACAGCAGCAGACGAGAGAAGUUCCCCGAUGUACCCCGAGGAAGGUACCGCGUCUGCAUCGGCACCAGCGACUCCCUGCAGGCGAGGCGAGCCCUCCAGCCCGCCCAGUGCCACGGCUUCUACGUCAGCCACGCCCGCCUGCCCCUCGCCCCCACACACGCCCUCCUCUUCCUCAUAACACUUGUAGUACUCCUAAUACUUAAGUGAUGACAGUCUUUUUUUAUUAUUGCAUUAUUAAUAUACAUCUUUUCUGCUACUUACUACAUGUUUUCCUCUACCUCUCAACUCUUAGGUGGUAAUACUGACGACAUUAUUUUUGUUUCUACGCAUGUAUUUCUUUUACCGUUACUUGCCACAUGCUCUCCUUCUAUUCCUCACCCUUGUCAUUCUAAAACUACUUACAUGAUGAUUCUUAUGAUGAUUUUGACUUUUUCUGUGAUAGUCCAGUUUUUAUGUUAAUUUAAGUGUGAAUAUAACUUUUUUAUAUACAUAUUUUGCGGUCUUUACCUCUCUUGACCUGUUCAUUAAUGCUGCUUCUGUAACUGUGUCAAAUCUUAUGCUCUCGUGUUGUUUUCGUUUGACUACAGAUCUCAUUUUCCUCGGCCUCCUCCUUCUCAUGCUCAAAGUAUUGACAUGUUUUAUUUUAUCUUACUUUUGUUAAUGUUUCUCUAGUUCCUAGCAGCUCCAGCAUCCAUUGAAAUUGCUCUUGGUCUUUCUUAACCCUGGAAUGCGAACACUGGAUGAAAUUCACCGCAGGUGUUUGUCUCCCUUCUGUUUACAAGUGAUAAGGAAGGCUACGCAGCUGCCCUUCACGCAUUUUCAGUUCCCCGUAGCCUCUUGCCGUGAGAGGUAGUGGGCAUUUUCUUUCUCCCAUAUUUUGAGUGUUAUUCAUGAUUGCGGUCAAUUUCACCCAAUGUUUGCACUCAAUCGAGGGGAAGUGACAAUUGCAAAUAUUACGUGAAAUUCACCGUAAGGGUUGUGAGGCAGCCAGCGUGUCUCCAAGGACCAACAACAAUCGCUGUCGUAGCUGUUGUCCUUGGAGCCAAUAUUUACUGUGUUAGGGAAGUUAAGGUUCAAUCAUUGCCGAAUAAUGUUAUUUUUUGUUCUUACUUUCAAAACAAAAUAAUAAUAACUUUUUUUUUUUGUACGGUGUUUAUAUUUUGCUUGUAAAUGAAGUGAAAGUUGUAUUUUCAUACUUUGGUUUUGGAUUUGAUAAAUAGUAAGAGUAACUAUUUUUUUUUCAUUUUCUUAAUAUUGGGUUAAAUUCACCCAUUGUUUGCAGACGCGUCACAAAAAAAUAUUGUUUGCAUUUAAGGAUUAAAUGUGACAAUUUUUUGGCCUCCUCCUCAUGCUCAAAGUACCGACAUGUUUUACUUUGCCUCAGUUUUGUCAAUGUUUCUCUUAUUGCUAGCCGCUCCAGAAUCCACUGAAAUUGAAAAUGUGACAAAUUAUCUUAUUCGUAACAAGAAAUUUAGUCGACACUGCUUUCAUUCUUACUGAACUGUGAUACAAAAUCGACUCCACUCCUUUCACUGUGCAGUGUGAGUGGCUGAAUGUUCUCUCUUUUAGACAAACUAUUUUUCUCUUAAAACUGUAUGUGAUUAUUUUCUUACCCACUCAUGACAAACAUGUACAUACCAUACACACUUUAUAUAUACAUAGCCAGAUAUUUUUGUACACUUGUAUAUUAUUCCUGUGUAUACUAAUGCCUUGUCUAUUUGUACAUAAAAUAAAGUUGAUAUUACAAUGUU